CACAAAUGGGACAACUAGCGUCCUCGCUCCGGGAGGAACCACCUGGGCCACAGGCCACUGGCCAGGCCUCGACGGCUCCUCGCGGAUCUGCAGUGGGAUGUGAGGCCAGAUGCUGAGGCGCACCGUCCGCUACCCGACUUCCUCUCUCGGUAGCCACAGAUAGCGGGCCGAGCCGCCAUUUCUCCAGCCAGCUGCUGUAACGCGGUCGCCUAUUGGUUCGCUCUUCCAAACGCGUCGGGUAUUGGCUGGAGCGGCGGCCAAUUGCGGAGCAGAGCCGUACGAGAAGGGGCGGGCCCGCCUUCCUGUCUGCCGCCAGACUCCCCAACUCCGGGUUGGAGCGGUAACCAUUGGGAGGUGCCUCGGGGCGUCUCUUCCGCCACCGCCACUGGGUGGUUCAGUCUCGUCUGCACUGUAUUGGAGGGGAAGAGGAUUUUGAGGUCAAUUCUGAGCUUUGGGAACUUCUCAAAUUUGGGCUCUCAGAAAAGGAUUAAGUUUUUUCACUUUCACUUUAAAAGAACGCCCAAAGUGCUGACUGUUGAGAAACUCAGUUUGGGUCUGGAGCAGGGGCAGCUGCAUCUGGAGUCAGCAGCAGCAGCAGCAGCAGCGAGCCACAAGGCGGCGACUGUGAGCUUUCGGGUACCGCAUAGACACCUGGAGAUUGAUGUCUGGGGAUGGCACCAGAAGCUUGGGGAGAGGAAGCUGUGCCCCAGGGCCAGUCCCCGAGGGUGUGAUCCGCAUCUACAGCAUGCGGUUCUGCCCCUACUCGCACAGGACACGCCUGGUCCUCAAGGCCAAAGGCAUCAGGCACGAAGUUGUCAACAUUAACCUGAAAAGCAAGCCUGACUGGUACUAUACAAAACAUCCUUUCGGCCAGAUUCCUGUCUUGGAGAACAGCCAAUCUCAACUUGUCUAUGAAUCUGUCAUCGCUUGUGAGUACCUAGAUGAUGUCUACCCAGGAAGGAAGCUGUUUCCAUACGACCCUUAUGAGCGAGCUCGCCAGAAGAUGCUGCUGGAGCUGUUCUCUAAGGUCCCACACUUAACCAAGGAAUGUCUGGUAGCGCUGAGAUGCGGGAAAGAGUGUGCAGAUCUGAAGGCUGCCCUGCGUCAGGAGUUCUGCAACCUGGAAGAGAUUCUUGAAUAUCAGAACACUACAUUCUUUGGUGGAGACCGUAUAUCCAUGAUUGAUUACCUCUUCUGGCCCUGGUUUGAGCGGCUGGAUGUAUAUGGACUAGCUGACUGCGUGAAUCACACCCCGAUGCUUCGGAUCUGGAUCGCCACCAUGAAGCAGGACCCCGCAGUCUGUGCCCUGCUCAUCGAUAAGAAUGUUUUCCUAGGCUUCCUGAAUCUCUAUUUUCAGAACAAUCCUUGUGCCUUUGACUUUGGGCUGUGUUACCCAGCCAUUCGGUAACUGCUGCAUUGCCCGGGGUUCUCAGAGUAUCUGAUUCUGCAUCAUGGGUUGUCUUGGGGGGUCAGUGCAUUUUUUUGAGGUCUUUAAUAAAUGUAGAAAUGUAAAA